UGACCGAGAGAUGGAUUAUGGUUUAUGGUACGUCUCGAAACGUAACAACGUGGAACAAUUAUUUAGCAACGUGAAGAAACAAUAUGAGAUAAUUGAUAAUCGCAAAAAAUAAGUGAAUUGCGCGAAAUCGCACUUCAGUGCCACGGAAGUCACUAGUGACCAUAGUGAGAUAAAUUCAUUAAUGAUUAUACACCGUAACAUAUCUCUUGUAGGUAAUAAAAAAUUCGUUGUGGCGCCACGAGCAAUCUUUGUAAAACUAGCGUGCCAUUCAACGUGUUAAAAAUGCUUAGUCCAGAAGUGUGGAACUUUAAAGCACCUCAACAUCAUUUUUCUACCGAAAAAAGAAAUUACAAGAAAACUGAUGUGCCAGAUGUAGUCAAAUUACAUUAUUUUAACCACUCUAUAUCUUUGAUACUUCCUGAUGCAGCUAGAAUUCCGGAUGAAUUGCGAACUUGUCUUUCGGAAGACAGCGAUUAUUAUCGAGUUAAUGGACUGAAUGUAUUUGAAUUAAUAAACAAAGAAUUCAUCGAAGCAUUCGUUAAGAAAGGACAGUUGACACUUUUAACAAUAGGAAAUAGAAUAGAUGUAGACAAUUCAGUUGCUGUUACACCAACUGGACAUUUAAUAUUAUCUUUAUUAACAGAAGAUUUUCAAAAGCUUGGUUUAGAAGGCAAAGCUUCCUUCUUUGAUCGUAAAGUGCAGACACGUUAUGUUGUAACUAUUGAUCUAAAGUCUGAAAAUUUUACACCUGGUAAGAAGAAUUAUGAACAUGUCCAAACAUCACUAAAGGAGCGUCUUAAUACAAAAUUUGAUGUUAUUGUAUCAUGGAAUCCACCAGAUGAAAAUUUGUGUCCUUCAUCUGUGGCAGCAUGGUUCCAUAAACGCAAAUACAGUGUAUCUCUUUGUCAGCAAACGUUUUUACAAAGAAUUGAAUAUUCUUUACCAAUACCGAUAAUUUCGGAUGAAUUUGAUAAUGACAAAUUUUUUGAAUGGCUUGGAAUUUUUAGUAUAUGUGGUAACUUGGAGAGUAAUAUAGAGAAUGAUUAUGUAAACACAUAUAAAUAUCCAUUGCCAGUUAUAAAUGUUGGUCAAGUAUGGUAUUUACAAUGGACUGGUUUCUUCACAACAAAACAAAUUAAAACUUUCUACAGUAUUGUGGAAGAAUAUGUAUCAAUGAAAAACAGUUUACCUUGGGUUGCUUUACAUGUCCAAGGAUUUUUAGAUAGCCCUGUUAGUUGGGAUUUAAAAGAACAUACAUUUUAUACAGAUGGUGACAAUAGCUACACUAUUGUAUUUAGACCAGGUGCUCAUUCUAUUAUACGCAAAAGUUUAAGCUCAAAUAAUAAACCAAGGAUCUUUCAAUAAUUGUGAAUUUUAUUUUAAUUGAUGACAAGUAUUUCUUUGUAAGAAGAAGAAUUAAAAUAUAUUGGUAAUCCAUACUUCCACUUAUUAUGACAUAUAGAAUAAUAAAUGCUUGGGAAUAAAACUA